AUGCUUCACGGCACUGCACAGGGCGACGAGAUGAUACUUGACGUUAUCGACGUCAACGUCCUUUAUGGCCUCGACGUCUGCGGUGAUUUUAGUGAGGCCUUUUUCAAAACCAUUGUCAUUCCAUUUUUCAUUACCGUCAGUAAGGCCACUGUCUUUCAGCUUCUUGAGCUUUUCGGUGACCUGAGUGUUCAAUGUGUCUCUGAGAGUGUUAAGCGACAGGGUGAUAUCUUGGACGCCUUGGUCUAUUUUGCCGGGUUGUUGUCCCAAUUCAUUUUGUUGACCUUUAAGGUCACUUUCGAUGGUUUGAAGGCUUUUACUUUUUCCGUUUCUAUUUUCAUCCCACUUUGUACCACUUAG